ACUUCCAAACCUUCCAACCCACCUUCUUGUAAACCCACCAAGAUCCUCCACCUCUUGACACCAUGGUCAGCUCCUGUUGUGGCUCUGUCUGCUCUGAGGAGGGCUGUGGCCAAGGCUGCUGCCAGCCCAGCUGCUGCCAGACUACCUGCUGUAGGACCACCUGCUGCAGGCCCAGCUGCUGUGUGUCCAGCUGCUGCAGGCCCCAGUGCUGCCAGUCUGUGUGCUGCCAGCCCACCUGCUGCCGCCCCAGCUGCUGCAUUUCCAGCUGCUGCAGGCCUUCCUGCUGCCGCCCCAGCUGCUGCAUUUCCAGCUGCUGCAGGCCUUCCUGCUGCCGCCCCACCUGCUGCAGACCCAGCUGUUGCAUUUCUAGCUGCUGCCGCCCCAGCUGCUGUGUGUCCAGCUGCUGCAGACCCCACUGCUGCCGCCCCACCUGCUGCAUUUCCAGCUGCUGCAGGCCUUCCUGCUGCCGCCCCACCUGCUGCAGACCCAGCUGUUGCAUUUCUAGCUGCUGCCGCCCCAGCUGCUGUGUGUCCAGCUGCUGCAGGCCCCAGUGCUGCAUCUCCAGCUGCUGCCGCCCCAUCUGCUGCCAGACCACCUGUUGCAGGACCACCUGCUGCCGCCCAGCAUGUUCUAGUGGUUCUUGCUGCUGAGUACUCUCACCCAGUCCCCUGUUCUUCACCACUCACCAUUCCUAAUGUAGACCCUGAGUAAGCUGAAUCCCAAAAGGCCAAUAAAAGCCUCUGUUUGAACUUGACUUAGGCCUCCAAAUGCCCUCAGUUUCUUCCCCAACCAGGUCUUUCUCUCCCAAAUAAGAGCAAAUUUGUGUUUUCUUUGUAAUCUGCCAUGUUACUCCCAUAUUGAUGUUUAUGUCCCAUAUGUAAGGAUUUCUAUAUAUCAAAUAAACCUGAAUUUUGGCCAUCUG